GUGAAAAGGGGAUUAGGUUUUAUCAACGUUGUGACUAUUGACCUUACUCAAAGAGCUUUCAUCUUCCCCUCUCGAUAGACUCAGCGGCGCCGAUGACCUUCUUCGAUCUCUUUCUCCGGAAAAACAAAACACGACGCCGCCAUGAACUGAACUAAGAGCAUCUCUCCCCCUCGCCUCUCACCUCAAACUCAAACCCUAAUUCGGAUCUCUCUCACUAACCCUAAAUCUAUGAAGCUCCAUUGAAUGCUCUAAGAAGCAUGAAUCAAGUGAAAGCUAUAGGGUUAUCAUUCAAUAGAUCUCGGGCAACGUCAUAGCAUCAAGAAAAGAAGAAAAAUAUAGAGGAUUGUGAUGAAUCGUGGUGAAGCCUACCUACGGAACGGAGGCUUGGUCCGGAAUUUGUUGAAUCAUGAAGAUGAAGCUGAACCGAAGAGAAGCCCAGAGAUGAGUGAGCAAAAAUUAUCAGCUGGGUCAAAGUCUCAUCAGUUGGGCUAUUUGUCGAAACAGGGAGUUUUUCACCUUUUUGGAAUUGAGUUUUUCACCUUUUUUUUGGUGCUUGACCAACAGAAAGCUGGGGUAAUAACUAUACUUGUUGAUAUUUAGGUCAAAACAGGGAAUUCAUAUCAGAGUUGUUGUGUUGUUCUGAAGAACAUGCAGAGGUGCGUCUAUGCUAUUCCAACUACACCUUUGCGCUCCUCUGAGAUGAUACAGCUUGAGAAGUAUGUUCAAGAGUCUAAAGUUACUCCUGCAGAUUUCUGUAAAAAGCUGCAAUUAAAGAGCUGUGUUAAAUCGUCUAAUGAUAGAAUUACACAAGAUGGAUAGUGAUGUUCUUGUUGGACAUAAUAUUUCAGGAUUCGACCUGGAUGUUCUUCUCCACAGAUCUCAGGCUUGCAAGGUCCCAAGCAGCUUGUGGUCUAAACUUGGCCGUCUCAACCGAUCCACAAUGCCUAAGCUCGAAAGAAGAGGCAAAACAUUUGGUUUUGGAACUGAUCCUGCUAUCAUGUCCUGCGUUGCCGGUCGGCUUCUUUGUGAUACUUAUUUGUGUUCCCGUGACCUAUUAAAGGAGGUUAGUUAUUCUUUAACUCACCUUGCAAAAACACAGCUGAACCAGUCUCGGAAGGAAGUUGCUCCACAUGACAUUCCAAAAAUGUUCCAAUCCGCAAAAUCCCUGAUGGAGCUAGAAUGGGACACGCAAGAAGCAUCUCAGAUCGUUAACAUUUGCAUUAUUAGCGGCCAAGUACUUAAAACAGUUAUAAAACAACAUUGUGUUUGCAGCAGAUGCUUUGCAUUGGAUACUUGA